AGUUACGCAUUUGUCUUGUGCAAUGUUUAUGUAAUACACAUACUGAUGAUUCACUUUCUUGUCUUCAGUUUCUUGAGCCUCUUGAGCUGUGUUAUAGAUCACUUUGCGCUUGCGGUGAUCGGCCCAUUGCCGAUGGAAGCCUUCUUGAUUUCUUACGGCAAGUUUCAACGUGUGGGCUUGCACUCGUGAGACUUAAUGUAAGGCAAGAGUAAGAUAGGCACACUGAUGUUCUAGAUGCUAUUACAAGGCACCUGGAGAUCGGGUCGUACAAAGAAUGGUCAGAAGAACGCAGACAGGAGUGGCUUUUAUCUGAACUCAGUGGCAAGCGACCUCUUUUUGGGCCCGAUCUUCCCAAAACUGAAGAAAUUGCCGAUGUGUUAGACACUUUUAAUGUCAUUGCUGAACUACCCUCCGAUAACUUUGGGGCCUACAUAAUUUCAAUGGCAACUGCCCCGUCUGAUGUCCUUGCAGUAGAGCUUUUGCAACGUGAGUGCCAUGUCCAAAAUCCUCUGAGGGUUGUCCCAUUGUUUGAAAAGCUUGCUGAUCUUGAGGCUGCACCUGCUGCUGUGGCUAGGCUUUUCUCAAUAGAUUGGUAUCGUAACAGAAUCAAUGGGAAACAAGAAGUCAUGAUUGGGUAUUCUGAUUCAGGAAAGGAUGCUGGACGGCUUUCUGCAGCAUGGCAGUUAUAUAAGGCCCAGGAGGAGCUUGUAAAGGUUGCAAAACAGUUCGGUGUAAAACUUACAAUGUUUCACGGCCGAGGUGGGACUGUUGGAAGAGGAGGGGGCCCAACCCAUCUUGCUAUAUUAUCUCAGCCACCGGACACCAUUCACGGGUCACUUCGUGUCACUGUUCAAGGUGAAGUUAUUGAACAAUCAUUUGGCGAGGAGCACUUAUGUUUCAGAACGCUCCAACGUUUUACUGCAGCUACACUUGAGCAUGGAAUGCGCCCCCCUGUUGUACCGAAGCCAGAAUGGCGUGCUCUCAUGGAUGAGAUGGCUGUGUUUGCCACAAAAGAGUAUCGUUCUGUAGUUUUCCAGGAACCUCGUUUUGUUGAGUACUUCCGGCUUGCAACACCUGAGUUGGAGUAUGGUCGGAUGAACAUAGGGAGCCGCCCAUCAAAACGAAAGGUUAGCGGUGGAAUUGAAUCACUCCGAGCAAUCCCGUGGAUAUUUGCAUGGACGCAGACGAGAUUUCAUCUUCCUGUCUGGCUUGGCUUUGGAGCUGCAAUCAAACACGCCAUUGGGAAGGAUAUUAGAAAUCUUCAGACUCUCAAUGAUAUGUACAAAGAAUGGCCUUUCUUCCGAGUAACCAUUGACUUGAUUGAAAUGGUUUUGUCCAAAGGAGACCCAGAAAUUGCUGCUUUAUAUGACAAACUUUUAGUGUCAGAAGACUUGUGGCCAUUUGGGAAGCAACUGGGGAACAAUUAUGAAGAAACUAAGAAUCUGAUCCUUCAGGUUGCUGGACACAAGGAACUUCUAGAAGGCGACCCCUACUUAAGGCAGAGACUUCGACUUCGCGAUCCGUACAUCACCGUCCUUAACGUGUGCCAAGUCUACACAUUGAAGCAGAUACGUGAUCCAAGCUACCGCGUUAAGGUGAAGCCACAUCUCUCGAAAGAUGUAAUGGAAAUGGAUAUGAGCAAACCGGCUGCUGAACUGGUGAAGCUCAACCCUAAAAGUGAGUAUGCUCCCGGGUUGGAAGACACACUUAUCUUGACCAUGAAGGGUAUUGCAGCUGGAAUGCAGAACACCGGUUAAGGUCGGGUCAUCUUGCCUUUGCUAGAUAUAUGGUGUCGGUUAAAUUAUAAAGAAAUAACGAGUUACGUAUUAUGGCACUCUGUUGGAAAAUAUGUGAUAAUAUUGCUCUAUAAGCAUGUACUCACACCAAGUACAUAUGAAUGAAUAUACGUGUCUUCUUUUUC